AUGGCUUUCUCUAAUAAGCCUCAUUGCAUAUUGAUGUUUAUGAUCUCAUUUUUCAUUCUUAGUCUUUUUGUUUCAGCGUUAGAUGUCUCAGAUGCUGUGGCAGAAGCACCAGCACCAGGAUCAGGCAGUGACGGCUUCUUACCUCUAGCAAAGAAGCAUGUUGUAAUCCACAACGUUGUAAAGAACAAGCAAACUGUGGAUGUACAUUGCAAAUCUAGUGAGGAUGACUUGGGGUUGAUCCAUCUCCCUUAG